AUGGGGAAUGACUCAUAAAAAUAUAAGAAAUCUCUUUAUGAAUUAUAAAAUUCAUGUACUUUCUAAAUGAAAUAUCCAUGCGAAACCAUAGCUGUUAACAAGAGUGGCACUCUAAUUUUGACAAAUUUAGUUUCAAAUAUAUUAGUAUUUGGUUUUAAUGGGAAAUCCUUAAAAAGGAUAUCAAGCAUUUAGAAGCAUUAAUCCUCAAUUAGUGUUCUUCUCUUCUUUAAUUUGAAAAAUUAAUUUAUUUCAGGCUCAAGUGACAACGAUAUCAUCAUUUGGCCUACAACUCUGAAUCUUGGAACAUCAACAAAAUAUAUAUAAAAACUUAAAGGACAUACAGAAUUGAUCACGUGUAUAGCUAUUCAUUCACCUAAUGAAGAUCUUAUAAUUUCUGGAGAAUAUGAAAAAGCAAUCAGAUUCUGGUAAAUGGAGUAAUCAAGUUUAUAAUGGAGAUGCAUUUAAGAAAUAAUAGAGCAUAAAAGUUCAGUCUGUGGAAUAUCAAUUAAUGAAAUUGGAAAUUAAGUUAUAUCUUGCGAUAAAAAAUAACUCAUCUUAAUUAUUGAGAAAGCCCAAAUUCAAAUGCUUGGUUCGUCAAGUAAAAAAUAGAAGCAUAUUAACUGGGAGGAGUUGGAGUGAGCUUUUUAACAAAUUAUCAAUUUAUAAUUUAGACUAAUAGCGAAAGUACUCUUGACCUAUAUGGAUCGCAGUUUGAAGGAAUUUACACUUUAAUCCAAUCAGUUAAACUUAAAUCUUACAAGAAUGAAAUAAUUAGUAGAAAUUUAUCAUACAAUAAAAAAAUGAAGAUCUUGACUUUAAAAAAAGGUUAGAGGCUAUUCAUUAUUAGAUUUGAAAUGUAAAAUAACAAUGAUCAGUCUGAAACCAAAAAGAAUGAAUUAUUCUUUAAGAAUGUUUAGAUAAUUGAUUUUAAAACUCUUUUUUUCUUUUGGGCAAUAAGUGAUGAUGGCUAAUACUUGAUAACAAGGAAUGUACUAUCAAAAUCUAUUGAAGUUAGGUUUCUCAAUAAAAGUUUAAUUGAUUGA